AUGGCCGCUCGCGACGAGUGCUACAGCCCGCUAAGCUACAGCCCCCUCAGCAGCCCCGUGUCCAGACAAUACUUUAACGAGGAUGGGAGCGAAGCUACAGCUGGCGGGCACUUCCGGAAAGACUCGGGACAAUUAUUAGACGAAGCGUGGGAGACCCUGGCGGACGAAACUCCGCUCUCCGUUCCGCCCCAGCACGACAUUGUCCCCCGAUCGCGCAGCAGCACAUCCCCGCUGCACUCGCGCCCGGGGGGAACCGCGUCCAAGAUCAGCGAAUCCGACUUGCGAAACUUCGCGAAUUUCGUCAGGACGAAGACGGUCACGGAGUCCGCGAGCGGGGGAAGCGGCCGCGCUUCGAGCGGGGGAAGCAGCGGCGGGGCUGGAAAGGACGGAGGUGGAAAAUUCCAGCGCCUAUGGUCGUUCCGGAACGGCGCGCGCGGAGCGGAAGAAGGGGGAGAUGGCGGAGGCGGAGGGACAGGGGGGACCGGCACCGGAGGAAGCGGCACGACGGGGAACGCGGAAAGCAGGAGCGCCGAAAGCAGGAGCGGGGGAAGCGGGAAGAAGGAGCGGUUUCUCGAGCAGGUGAUCAAAACUGGCGGGCAAGCAGCCCGCGUGUGGUCCAAUCCGCGUCGCCGAAGUUUCGCGGAAGACGACGCGUCUUCGCCGAUGCGGUCCGCGACAUUCACGCGUGCUACGAUGAGGACUAGCAUCGGCGGUGGAAGCAGCACUGGCGGAAGCAGCGCCGGCGGAAGCAACAGCGGCUCAAUUCCCUUUUCUACGUCGGCGGAAGACGGGGAAGAAUCCCUCCCUGAUUUUCUCCGCCGUUCCGCAACCGUUUGCACCUCCGACGCUGCUUCGCUCGAGCUGGCGCAGCAAGGUAAGCAAUAUCAGCAGCAACAGCAACAGCAGCAUCAGAAGCUUCAGCUGUCGCAGCAGCAAUGGGCGGCAUCUGGUCUCGCUUCCGGUUCCGCCUGCGGGGGGCGCGCGGAGUCGCCUCCGCAGGAUCCCCGUAGCGGCAGCGCGGGGAAGACGCGGAGCGAUCCCGCGGGGCAUUCGCGGAACACUAACCGGGAUAGCGUGAGAGGGGAAGCGGGCGGCGACGCCGCUGGAAUUGGUUCGGAACAGCACAGCAUUGGUGGUGCCGGCCGUAGCGGCAGCGGCGGCGGCGGUGGCGGGGCAGUCGCUAACUCUUCUCCUAUUAACGCUCGCCCUAGGUCGCCUGCAUUUCCGCGGCCCAGGUCCCCAAUUUGCGCGCCUUCGCGGGCAGCUGCAGCGCCGGCGCCGCCGCCGAAAGUGGCGUAUUUUUCGUUCGACCGGCACCGGGAAGCGGUGGCGGAAGCGGAGCAGCUGGACGCGGAAGAAGAGGCGGCGUCCCGCCAGGGGCGGAGGAGGGAGGCGUUUAAAAGCGCGAGCGUUGGUUCGAGUAGCAGCGCUAGCGCGGGCGGAGGCGCAGGUGAUCGGGGGAUCGCGAACGGUGCUGGUGGUGGUGCAGGAUGGCCUCGGGAAAGUUGCGGAAGCGCUGAGGGAAGCGCGCAAGUUUUGCGCCGAGGAGCGAAGGGGGGGAGUUUCGAAGUUAUGGCUCAGGCGGGGCCGAUUGGAGGUGCGGGCGAGUUCGGUAGCGGGCGGCGGAGCGGGGUUGCGCGGGGAGCAAAGGGGGAAGGCAGCGCGCGCGCGUGGGAAGUUACGAUUACGCAGGAUGGUGACUAUGGCGAGGGGAAGGACGACGAGCGCGAGUUGACCCCCACGAAAGACGCUUCGUCAAAGCAUCGACGAGGAUUCAGCAAGAAUCACAUCUCUUUCCCCCUUCCCACUUCCUCUCCAAUACUUUACUCUCUCCCCAUUCCCUUCCCACGCAAUGCUUCCUCUCCCACACUCCUCUCCUCCCCAUUUUCCGUCCCCAUUCCCGUCCUCAUCACCUCUCUGCCUCCCACACUCCCCUCCCACUCCCCUCCCACUCCCCUCCCACUCCCCUCCCACUCCCCUCCCCUCCCCUCCCACUCCCCUCCCACUCCCCUCCCACUCCCCUCCCACUCCCCUCCCACUCCCCUCCCACUCCCCUCCCACUCCCCUCCCACUCCCCUCCCACUCCCCUCCCACUCCCCUCCCCUCCCACUCCCCUCCCACUCCCCUCCCACUCCCCUCCCACUCCCCUCCCACUCCCCUCCCACUCCCCUCCCACUCCCCUCCCACUCCCCUCCCACUCCCCUCCCACUCCCCUCCCACUCCCCUCCCACUCCCCUCCCACUCCCCUCCCACUCCCCUCCCACUCCCCUCCCACUCCCCUCCCACUCCCCUCCCACUCCCCUCCCACUCCCCUCCCACUCCCCUCCCACUCCCCUCCCACUCCCCUCCCACUCCCCUCCCACUCCCCUCCCACUCCCCUCCCACUCCCCUCCCACUCCCCUCCCACUCCCCUCCCACUCCCCUCCCACUCCCCUCCCACUCCCCUCCCACUCCCCUCCCACUCCCCUCCCACUCCCCUCCCACUCCCCUCCCUCCCCACCAGGAGUCGCAGCUUCAGUGGAAUCGGCACUCUCAACGGAACCAACUCCCCCGAAGCCCCCACCCUCCCCACCUUCCCCUCCUCCCCCUCCCCCAACCCCGGAAGCCCUCUCUCCUCCGAACGACGCACAUACUCCCCCCACGCCACCCUGCCCACCUCCACCUCCUCCUCCUCGCGAGUCCGCCCCCCCCGGUCCUCCACAGCAGUAA